CUGGUCGGCGGAGGAGGGAGGAGGUGGAACGGCUCGAGUUGGUGGGACCCUACGGUCCUGCUCGUGUCGAUCGAUGGCGUGAGGGCCGACUACCUCGAGCGAGGCUUGACGCCCCACCUCCUCAACAUCUCGCGCAAGGGCAUGCGCGCCGAGUACCUCAAGCCGUCCUUUCCUUCCCUUACCUUCCCCAAUCAUUGGACCCUCCUCACCGGCCUGUACCCGUCCGCGCACGGCAUCGUCGCCAACGACUUCUGGGACCCGGCGCUCGGCCGCGAGUUCGACUACCGCGAGCCGAGCAUGAGCUGGGGCAAAGAGUGGUGGGGCGGCGAGCCGAUCUGGGCGACGGCGGUCAAGAGCAAGCUGCGGUCGGCGGUCUUCAUGUGGCCGUCUCCGCCCGAGCUCACGAGCGGCGUGUCGCCGACGCGCUUCUACCCGUUCAUCAACGACUCGCCGUACGAGAACAAGGUCGACCGCGUCGCCAAAUGGCUCGAUCUCGACUACGCACACCGCCCGCACCUGAUGGCCGUGUACGCGCCCGAGGUCGACCAGGAGGGCCACCGGCACGGUCCCGAGAGCGACGUCGUCGCCCACACGCUCGCCGACGUCGACGAUUUUGUGCGGCAGCUGUUUGACGAGGUCGACCGGCGCAACCUGACGGACGUCGUCGAUGUUGUCGUCGUGAGCGACCACGGCAUGGCCGACACGAGCAUGGACCGGCUCAUUUUCCUCGACGACGUCCUCGGCGCCGACGGGUUCGACUCGAUCGAGCGCAACGAGGGUUGGCCUUGUGCCGGGCUGCGCUUCAAGCCGGGCUCGGACGAGGACAAGCUCGUCGAGCGGCUGAGGGACGCGGCGAGCAGGAGCGGGAGCGGGUUCGAGUGCUACACGCGCGAGACGAUGCCGGAGCGGUGGCACUUUACCGGGCACGAGCGCAUCGCGCCCGUCUACUGCGUCCCCGACGUCGGCUGGGCCAUCACGAGCCACCACGAGCUCGACGUCGUCAUGCAGGGCGACAACCACGGCUACGACAACGACGACCCGUCGAUGCACGCCAUCUUUGUCGCCCAUGGCCCGUUCGCGUCGCAGCUCAAGUCGUCGUCGCGGUUCGCCCAGCGGCACCGGCAGCGAGGCGCCAUCCCGUCCGACCCGGCGACGACCGUCAUCCCCGGGUUCGCCAACACCGAGGUGUACGAGCUCGUCGCCGAGCUGCUGCACAUCCCGGUCGAGGAGCGCGCGAGGACGAACGGGACCGAGCGGUUCUGGGACGAGUACCUCACGCCGUUCGACGGCGGCGACGGCGCGCCGUAG